AAUAAUACGGAGUAGGCGUUCUCAAAAGUCAGAUAUAAAACAAAUGUACUGAUCCGGUGAUUUAUUAUUACUGAUAUUUGUGUUAAAAGUCCCUAAUUCAUUCCAACAAUUCCUCUUUACCCCAGUCAUAUACAAUUUAUCAAUCAAUGUCAUGGCAUACCAAAUCAAAAGUCAUAGUAUACUCAAAAAAGUAUCAAAUCAACAUUAAAUCCUUCAUCAACUCAUCAAGUUAUGUAAUCAUAAGUUAGCAAUAAUUAAUCUUUUAUAGAUCUUUCUGGUCUGAGACCAGUUUGUGCUGAGUUUAAUAAGUCAUUAUUAUCAAUAAAUUUAUAAAGUCUUAAAUAGAAUUUGUUCAGGUGACUUAACACAGAUUGAAGUGACUGACACAGUCCUGGAACCUUUUUUGAAAAUAGGUACAACAAAAGAUUGUUUCCACAGUGAUGGAAGUGACCCUUCAUCCAGUGAUGCCUGAAAAAGCAGUAUGAGUAGGAUGGGCACAAAUGACUGUUGGAGCUACCUGGCAUCUUUGGGUGUACACCACUACGCCUGGCAUGACCCACUGUUGGCAGAGGGCCUUGCUGUCUGUACUCCUCUCAAUAAGACCCCAUGCAUUGAUGUUGAUGAAGAGGAAUUCUUCCAUCCCAGUGUUGACUCAUUAGUGUGCAAUGUUGGUGGAUGCAAGAAGACAUUUACCACUGUGGCAGAUUAUGCAGCCCACCAGAGGUCCUGCCACCAACACGUGUGCUCUUCCUGUAAACAGUCUUUCCCUACACACCACCUGCUGGACCUUCACCUGCUGGAGGCACAUGAUACCUUAUUUCAGCUAAUGGCAGAAAAAAACCCACAGUACCAAUGCUUUCUGGAAACUUGCCAAGAAAAGUUCAGAAAUCCUACUGAAAGGAAAACCCAUUGUAUAGAAGCCCACAAAUUUCCAUCUAAUUUCCGCUUUGAUACGUCAUGGAGAAAACUGGAAAGAACAAAUAGGAAAAAUAAGAAAGCUGACAUUGCUGGUGAAUCUCCAAUGGAAUGUGAAGUUGCAGUUGAAAAUUCUCCAGGAUGUGGUUCAGAAAGUAUUGAAGCCACACCUACACACACUCAAAAUGAAAAUGUAAGAAAGACUCCAAAGGUGCCACAUACUUUGUCCUUUGGUGCUGGAGUUGCUCGAGGCUUCAGUCGAGGUAGUAGAGGUAGCAGGGGACACGGCAGGAAGAGUGGCCCACACUGGCACCAAAGGAAACAUGCUCCACAUAAUUCAAGAACAAAUAUUGAAGAAGUAAACAUGAAUGACUUAGAAGCAGCACUCCCUAGAGAACCACAAGGUGUAUGAUGUGUGAAUGUUACAGACUUCAUAGAUUUAUUGUAAUUUGUUAUAUAGGUAUGUCAAGUUUAUGGAAGGUUGUUUGUUAUGAAACCAAGAUCUAGCUCACAAAAGAUAUGAAUUGCCGUAAAUAUUCAGUAUUAUCAGAUUCAACUCUUUCUGUGAUAAACUGUAAUUGUUAUACUCCAUCAAAAUGUAUUUCAAGUCAUAGCAGCAUUACCAUACCAGAGGCUUUGUUGAAAGCAAACAUAAAUACACACAACCAUAACCACAGAAAACAUUGCUAAUGUAUAGUUCUUAAAAUAAUUUUUUAGGAAACACUCAAAUAUCCCACUAUUUUUGCUGGAUUGUGGUUUUGUAAUUUUGCUUUACUUUUAUUAAAAGAAAGUAAGUUAUAGUAAUAAAAUAAUGCGUCUUUUAUACAAAUUUGUUUCUUAGGGUGAGUCUCUGGUUGUGGGGAGCACUGAAGAACUCCCCAAGUGACAGGAAUUGUCUUAUCUGGGGCUCUUUGGGACAUGAAUACAAGUGAAUUCUAGAUAGCACCUGCUGUUUUGGUCCUAACUGUUUGAUUUAACAAAAGUAUUGUACACUGUACAUUAUAUAGAUGCAGAUUGUCCAUAUAAUGUUCUUGACAUAAUUCUAGGGUAUGUUUUUGGUGAUAAGAGAAUUCCUCAGCACCUUGCUCAUGGUGGGCCUGGAUGUGGGUAGCUGUGGUGCUAGGUGAUAGCCAGUGUGAAAAUUGUUCUGGGACAUUGAGGUGUCCCAGCUCCAGCCAUUGAGCACCAGUUCUUGCUAUUAUAACAAUACCAUAAAUCCCUGUCAUAUGGGCUUGCUGUAUUCACAGUAGUUCAGUGUGUUCCCAGCUGUUUCUUUUGUGAGACAGUUGGUUACCACAAUGUGGAAGCCUAUCAUUAUCAUGGCCAGCUCUUUGGGGGCAGUUCCUUGAAACAGAUGUCUUCAUCAAACUUCUCACCUUUGAACAGAAUUUUUUUUCAUGUGUUAUUACAUCUGGAGAUGUGAUAUGUAUUAUAAGUGUUACAUACUUUACAUGUUUGAUUAUAUGAACAAAUACUUUUAAAUGUAUGCAUUGGUAACUACAUCUUGUCUUGGCUGGGCAAUGUUAGCCUAGUAGAAAGAUGCUAAUGGUGAUAAGAAAAAAGAAAAAAAAAGUGGCUUUCAGUGUUGACUCACAUCAUUAGAAUAAAGAUUAUUACCAGAUAUAAUCAUAAUCUCUUCCAUGUAAAGGUGGUUUAUGUCAAAUGGAUAAUAUAAGCCCAGAAGAGGGCUAUGUACUUACUAGUCACUCACACCAGUGCAAAUUGUCUUCUGUACCAUACUGUAUAGGUAAUUUUACUGAUGAACAUGAAUUGUAGUUCAUAUAACUUGGUCUUUAUGAUAAGAUUUUGUGGUAGGACAGAAAACACAAUUUCAUCCCCCUCCCCAUAUUAAUUGAAGGCACUGUACAUAUUACACUUCAGAAUCACUUGAUUAUGCUAUUCACAGUACCAAAGAUUUAAGCAAACAUUUUAUAAGCAUUUGAUUGAACAUAUAAUAUAACCUUAGGCAUACUGGAUUUGCAGAAUUCAAAUAACCCUUUAGUGUUUUGCAUGAGGACUGACAGGUUUUGUCUUUUUUGUUCCAACUUUAUCUUGUAAUCAUGAUGAAUUGUUUAGGACCAAGGUUUUCACAGAUUCACAAUUCUAAAGGCUUAAUUUCUAAAGAUUAGACUGAAAAAUCUUGAAGGGUUAGUAAUCAGUAGGUUUUAAAAUAGAAUCAUUACUACUAUGACAGGCAGGAAGUGUAAUGCCCUUUCUCUUUGUUUCACUUUAUUUUUAUAUCUGGAUGUUCCAUCUUGGGCAUGGGAGAGGAUGUGCUUGUACAAACAAAUAAAACAAUAUUAAAAUGGUCAGUAAUGUGAAGCACAUGGAAAACAUAUGGGAAGCUUAAUAAGUGACAAACAUGGCAAAACUAAGCUCUGAGUAAAUAUUGUUUUCAGUGUGCAAGAUAUUGCAGUCAUUAAUUUACACACCUUUGUAUUUCUUUUAAAGUUAAGGUAUCAUCUCUUACAUAUAUAACAUGUGUGACUCACAUUUGCUUACUGACUGUCUAUGUCUUUUCAUGUAUUGGUUAAUGAUGUUAGGUGACCCAAGUUUCAUAGCUUGUACCUACUUGGUUGAGUAUUCCCUUAUUCUCUCUGGAAUGGUGUCAAAGAGUUACAUACAAGUCAGACACUAAAUAUCAGAAAGGGAAGAUAUGCUUAAUUUAUAGAGUGCCCAUGAAUACAGUUUUGCUUGGUUGGUUCAUUCAUUACUGCUUUCGUGAGAUGCCUUGUUUAUUGCUAGGAGUGUAUUUAGUGUUGAGAAAUUGGUAUGAAGAUGCAGUACAUAUAAAAGUCUCAAAAUUUAGUUGUCUAUAGUUAUCUCCAGUUAAAAGAUAUCUUUUUAAUAAACUGUUUUUGUAU